CGCUACCAACGGGUGACCAUGUCGCGAGCCGCAAUCUGAGAUGGGGUGAUAAAUGCGUUUUCUGCAACCAGAAGGAGACAUAAGUUCAUAUGUUUAGCGAAUGUGAAUGGGGUUCCAGAAUCUGGCGGACAUCCUCUUUUGUUGAUUGUUUUGAGGCAAGAGGUUCGGGUGACUGUCUAGAAUGGGUAACAACAGUACUGAACUCGAAAGAAAAAGAAGAAGUGGAAGGUUGGAGUGUGUUACUCUGGUUCUUGUGGAAGGAACGAAACACACAAUAUUGGAACGGUCAAAAACUAGCUGAGAAUGAUAUUGUGCCCCGAGCUAAGUACUACCUCGAGGACUACUGACAACACCAGGGUGUGGAGCAACCCGAGGAGAGAAUGCCAGGUGCGAAGCGAUGGCAAAAACUUCGACCGGGAAGAUUCUCGGUCACCUCCGACGUGGCUAUGCUUGAUGGGGGAGGAGUUGGUCUGGGUGUUGUAGUAAGAGACAACAAUGGGACGUUUGUUCUUGCCGCAGCAAAGCGAAUGCAAGGGGAAUAUAGUGUGGAUAUGGCUGAGGCUAUGGCGGCAGAAAUGGGAAUGCAGUUGCUACCCAGCAUCCCCAGUGGCACCCUGAUAUUGGAGAGUGAUAGCCUGGCAGUGAUCUCGAAGGUCCAGCACCCCGCUCGUGACUUGACUAAAGUUGGUGUGGUGUGCCGCAGUAUAUGGCGGAAAUUGCAACAGGGGAAUGGUUCUUGUCGGCAUAUUCCUAGAGAAGCGACUGGUGCAGCCCAUAUUAUGGCUAGAGCAUUGACGAAUUGGGGGGAGCGAAUAGUUUGGCUUGAUAGGCCACCAGUUUGUUUGAUUGAUCAAUUAUAGCUCGAUGAUGUAACAACACAGAUUGAUUAAUGGAAAGCUCAGGUUACCAUAAAAAAAACAAAGAAGUUGCCAAGGUUGACGCCUAGACGGCUCAAGAUAGGGUGAGUAACAAUGAGUAACCAAAUCUGGACUCUUCUUUUAAGUGACUGCAGAUCUAAGGGUGGAGAAUUAAAGGAAUUUAUUUUCCCUAGUUUUCUUAAUUGGAUCAUAUCUUCUUCAUUCUAACUCGGAUUUCAAUUUUUUUUUACACAGAUGGAACGAGUUCGUUGUGCUCUAGAAAAUGAUAUCCAUUUUCAAUAUUUUUUGAGAAAAAAAAUUUCAUCCCUCUCGUUACCAAUUCCAUACCAUAUGGUAUCUCCUUCGUUGUUUAGUCAUUUUCGGAAAUUUUUGCACAAAAGGAACGAUUUAAUCAUGAUCUAUUGGAUUUCAAAAUUUUAUGGGGGAAAAAAUUUCAAACCUCUCGUUAUCAACUCCAUACCAUACUAUACCACCCUGAUAUGAGGUGGUAUUUUUCAUACCAUAUGGUAUGCUGUUAUUUAAUAUCAUAUGGUAUUGACUGGUAUUAAAUAACAACAUAUGGUAUUGACUGGUAUUUUCAUACCAUAUGGUAUGCUGUUAUUUAAUACCAGUCAAUACCAUAUGGUAUAGUCUGGUAAUAAUUAGGAAAUUUUUUUUGUUCCAAAAAAUAUCAAAGUUGAUAUCAUUUUGAAGAACACAAUUAAUCUGAUCUAACUGUGCAAAAAAAUUAAAUUCCGAGUUAAAACGAGUGAGAAAUCGUCCGUUAAAGAUUAAGGGAAAGAAAAUUAAUGAUUUUUCCAGGAGAGAGAAGGAGGCGCUGAUGUGGCAGAAUCUUAUUGGGUUAUGCAUGGGGUUACUCACCGGAUCUAUUCCCCUUCCCUUCAUGGUCUGCAACUUGAAUUCUUUUUUUUGUUUUUACUUUUUCAAGGUUCUUAGUUGGGGAUCACAAAAUUGAAAUGAAUAUACAUUGUCACUUAUAGAACUUCAUAUUAUUAUUCGACUUAUGCACAACUUGGUAAUUAUUUUUUGAGUUGUAUAACCUGCCAAUGACGGGGAAAAUGUUCUAAGUUGUAUAGAAGUAAAUCGUAUAGUUUCAUGCUCUUAUAGAUCAACCUAUUUAUUUUUGUAUGGUCUAUAAGAGACUUCUGAUUUGGACUCUUACACACAGUGAAAUAUUGCUUAAUCCAGUGUGUAUCGAUAAAUUAUGCUAUUAUAA